AGACGCGUUGGUGUUGUCCAAGUUUCCGCCGGCACUCUCGCCGUAUUCACCGCAAGUAGGGCCUUCCCCGCCAGGGAUGCGCGUCCGUGCGUGCGCGUGCGAGUCGAUAAAGCCGCAGAGUCACCCCACACCACCGCUUCUCUUUGCGUGAGUGUGCUGCGGGAGUACUCUUCGAACUCCUCAACUAUUCCCCAACUAGGGGGUGGAACUUGUUCAGCACUUACUCUAUCGUCCCACCCACCUACUCCGUACCAGCACGCAGAGCCCACCUUCAUAGGGCGAUGCUGCAGUCUACGAACGUCACCCUUCGUCGCACGAGCGAUGCCCCGCUGCGUCGUAUCCGUGACGCCUACGGCUCAGCAGACAACGCCGAAACGCUGCUGGAGCAGUGUGUACUCGCCGGUGAAGGUCGGGUCAAGAGCCGCGACGCCUCCCUUACCGACUCAGAAGAUACGCAGCACAUGUGGGGUGCGCUCGUCGUUCUCCUCUCCGACCUGAGUGACUAUGGCGCACUGGGGAAGAUGGGCGGUGUCGAUGAGCGCUUCUGUCGGCGACUGCAGCCGCUGCUGGCACGGCUGCUGAAGUGCGUGCUCAAGGGCGGUUUUGAAGUGGCGCGUCGCGACAGAGCAAAAGAAAGUUCGUAUGAUCUGGAAGAGCUGCUGGAGGCCACCAGCAAAGCCCUUGCGAAUUGCUGCGAGGGCGUGACGCGCCGAUGUGCCGACACCACUCUUGAAGUCCAACUGGACGCGAAGUCCGACACAUCCAUUCACGGUCACGAACUCGGCAACUCAAGGCGGUCGUCCUCGCUCAUCGGAACCGCACCGAAUGACGCGGCAGUGCUACGUGUGUGUUUCGGCUUCGCGGAUUACACCAGCGGGGAAACCGGCGCGAUGCUCUGGGCCGGUGCGGUGGGCCUCUCCCUGUACCUCAUCGAGAACUAUCAAGCCAUUAUUGUGAAGAAGGCCUGCGAAGCACGUGCCAGCACCGAGGCGCCGCUGCGUGUGAUAGAGUUGGGUUGCGGGCCCGCGUUGGUCUCCCUCGUCUUGGCGGCGAUGGCGGCGUGGGACACGCCGACGACGGUGCCGUGCUGUCUCGAUGUGACGGACGUGUCGGCCUCCGUGGUAGAGGAAGCCCGGCGCUCCUUUCAGCACCGCAACGGGCCCGCGCUGUCCAGCAUGCUUGACCUGCACAGCGGACACGGCGGAAGUGCAAAUGACGAACAACGGACGGCCACUUCUCCUGCCAGCUUUCAGGUUCGCCCUUUCAUCUUGGACUUCGGUGACAUCCCGCCGGAGCUGUGCGGCGUUUACGACGUGGUGGUGGCAAGUGACGUGGUCUAUGACUACGCCAUCGCCGCCCACGUGGCGGGCGCCCUCGAGGCCCUCUUGAAGCCCGGCGGCGUCGCCCUCCUCUGCUGCGAGGCGCACCGCGACGGCAUGGCGCACUUCACUCAGCGAAUCCGCCUCGGUCACCCCAACGCGUUGCACCUGCGCGUAACGCAGGAAUUGCUGGACGUGCGGACGGUGCUGUCGCAGCUGGAGAUGCCGUCGGGGUUGACGUCGUCCACCUGCAGCCUCAUGCGCAUUGAAAAGGUGGCGGCGUGA